GGAGCGACGAAGAUCCAUCUCGAGACAAUUCAAGGGCUAAACUUAUAAAAGUCUUUAUAUAAAGGUAGAAAGAGAGAAAAAACCUUCUAGGAUUCUUGGAGACCUAGCUCCCUCUCCCAUACCGUAGAUCUCGGCGACGAUGGUCGGAACCCUAGCGGGCCUCCAAGAUCACCUGAAGCUUGCGAGGGAGUACGCGUUGGAAGGUCUCUAUGAGACCUCCAUCAUCUUUUUCGACGGUGUCAUCGCUCAGAUCAACAAAGGAUGAAAUAAUAGCUCAUUUGCUACUCAGUUGUCUCUUUCCUGGACCAAUUUGGCAGGGACUAUCAAGUUUCAUCCUCUGAUGGUGAGAAAUAUGGUAACCAAAGACUGCUUUAUGAAAAUAAGUUGUCUGGGAGGAUGAUGCGUGCCAAGAUCUUCAUGUUGCGAGGGGCAGUUUUUGUAUAGCUUGUAUCAACCCUAAUAGAACGUUCAGUGUGCAUUUUUGGGUUGAGUGCAUUGUCAGUAACAACAGAACUGUCUAAUGGGGGAACCCUAUUGUAUCUCUUUCCUAUCAUUGAUCUGAAUAAAAGAUUACUGCCUAAAAAAGAUAAAAAGCUACUAGUUCUUAGCACUUAAAUAUAAUUCUAUCUCUGCUUACAGGCAUCUUAGCACUCUAGAUGAUGCCAUCAUUCGUUCAAAAUGGAUGAACUGCAAGAAAGCUAUUUCUGAGGAAAUAGACAUUGUCAAACAGUUGGAUGCUGAGUUAAGGUCUUUCAAGGAAAUUCCAGGGUCCAGGCGGUCCUCUUCGCCUCCUAUAACUACAAAGUCUUUUGUUUUCCAACCAUUAGAUGAAUAUCCAACUUCCUCGUGUGCCCCCAUGGACGAUCCUGAUGUUUGGAGACCACCUAGCCGAGAUCCGCAGACAAGAAGAUCCAUGAGAGCUGGGCAAGCAGGUAUGAGAAAAUCCUCCCAGGAUGCAACAGGGGCACGUGGUUCAUCUAGGGCUGGAACAGUCGGACGUGGGGCAAAGUCAAAUGCAGGCAAAAGUAGUUCGGGUGUCAGAUCAUCAACAUCAUCUGCACUGUCAGGGAAGAAAAGCAAAUCAAGCUCUAGCAAGGCAGAUUCACAGAGUGGUGAUGCAGAGGAAGGAAAGUUGAAGAGGGGACAGUACGAGGGACCUGAUGCAGACUUGGCUGCAAUGCUAGAAAGGGAUGUCUUGGAGACUAGCCCUGGUGUAAGGUGGGAUGAUGUUGCAGGGCUCAGUGAAGCCAAAAGACUUUUAGAGGAAGCUGUCGUUCUUCCGUUAUGGAUGCCCGAGUAUUUUCAGGGCAUUCGCCGACCAUGGAAAGGCGUUCUUAUGUUUGGUCCACCUGGUACUGGAAAGACACUUUUGGCUAAGGCUGUGGCUACCGAAUGUGGAACAACAUUUUUCAAUGUUUCUUCUGCUACAUUGGCUUCCAAAUGGCGUGGAGAGAGUGAGCGCAUGGUUCGCUGCCUGUUUGAUCUUGCUAGAGCUUAUGCUCCAAGUACAAUUUUCAUUGAUGAAAUCGAUUCUCUUUGCACUUCUCGAGGAGCUUCAGGUGAGCAUGAAUCAUCCAGAAGGGUGAAAUCUGAACUUCUAGUGCAAGUGGAUGGUGUCAACAACAGCUCUACUGGUGAAGAUGGUCAGCGCAAAAUAGUGAUGGUCCUGGCUGCUACUAACUUUCCAUGGGACAUAGAUGAGGCACUUAGGAGGCGGCUGGAAAAAAGGAUAUACAUACCUCUUCCCAAUUUUGAGAGUCGAAAAGAGCUUAUCAAGAUUAAUCUAAGAACCGUUGAGGUAGCUGCAGAUGUAGACAUCGACGUAGUGGCUCGCCGAACGGAGGGUUAUAGUGGAGACGAUCUCACAAAUGUCUGCCGCGAUGCUUCAUUGAAUGGCAUGAGGCGAAAAAUUGCAGGCAAGACAAGGGAUGAGAUCAAGAACAUGUCCAAGGAUGAGAUCUCAAAUGACCCUGUGGCCAUGUGUGACUUUGAGGAAGCUCUGAGCAAGGUCCAGAGAAGUGUUUCUGCUGCUGAUAUUGAGCGCCAUGAGAAGUGGUUUGCAGAGUUUGGAUCAGCAUAAAACUCCUGAAUUUAUGAGGCAGGUUGAUUCAUUUAUCAAAAUCGAUGGGUUUCUUGGCACGACUAUAUUUUUCUUAGAGUGUAUUUAUUUGUAUGUUGCUAUCCAUGUUUGUAAAAAUAGCGUGUCAUUGUUUGGCCUUUUUAUUGUUGGGACUAUUUUUUGUGCUAAUGUAAAUUAUUAAUACUGUUAUGUUGAAUGCUUCUUGCACUUGUUGUAAUCCAAAGUGACUGAAGGUGCUUAAAACUA